AUGCAGCAGCAGCUCGAACAGAAUCAACAAGCAAUUUUUAGAAUCACUGAAAGGUUAGAACAAGUUUCAGAUCUGUUGAAAUCUGUAGUUGAUUCUGUAAAUGUUAUGUCUCGUAGAGAUAGAGAAGUGUCUAAUGAUACUAGGAAUCAUGAGGAGCGAGGAGUUUUUCAGAGAAAUAUUAGGUUGGACUUUCCAUACUUUAGUGGCAGUGAUCCAGCAGGGUGGACCUUUAAGGCCAAUCAAUACUUUGAUUGUUUUCAAGUACCUUUUCAUCAGAAAUUAAUGGUGGCUUCGCACCAUAUGGAAGGUGAGGCAUUGGUGUGGUACCAAAGUGCCUUUGAAUCAGGUCAGUUUAAUUCAUGGGAGACCUUAGUGGUAGCAAUGCAAGGAAGGUUAGGACCUUCAGCGUUUGAUGAUCCAAUGGAGGCCUUAACCAGAUUAAGACAAACUACUUCUGUUAGUUUGUAUACAUCACAAUUUGAGGCCUUGUCCAAUAGGCUCAAAGGCUUGUCUGACAGACAUAAGAUGAGCUGCUUUAUUAGUGGACUCAAGGAUGACAUUCGAAUACCUGUCAAGAUGUUUAAUCCACUGAACCUUGGAGCUGCAUUCAGCCUGGCUAAGCUGCAAGAGGAACAUGUGCUAUCCUCAAGAAAGCCUUGGAGACAAAAUAGCCAUUUUGCUGAGAAAUGGCCUCUUAAUAGUGUGGGAAUGACUGAUCUCGCCAAUAAUGCUCCAAAGAAUGUGUUUCCUAUGAGAAAGGUGAAUUCAUCUCAUAUGGAUGAAAAGAGGAAAAAAGGCCUAUGUUUCCACUGUGAGGAAAAGUGGAAUCCUAAUCAUGUAUGUAAAAAUCCGAGGGUUUAUUUCUUGCAUGGGGAACCUAGUGAUCUGCAAGAGGUAAGUGAUCAUGAGGAUGAAGUGGUGCCUCAAUCUCUACAGAGCUCUAAAGAAUUGGUUCUGAAGGGGGUGGAGGAACUUGAAGUCUCGAUUCAUGCCAUUUCUGGUUGCAUCAACAGUAAUGCCAUGAAGCUCUUGGGUUCCAUAGGCUCAUUUUCUGUUGAGAUCCUUGUAGACUCAGGAAGUACUCACAACUUCCUAGACCCUUUGGUGGUAGAAGCAGCUAAGUUGCGGGUAAGGGAAGAUGGAGCCCUUCAGGUGAAAGUAGCUGAUGGUACUAACAUAGUCAGCCAAGGCAAAUGUGAGGAAAUGAUUAAGGUCCAAGGAACUAAGUUUCUAGUUCCUUUCCAUGUUCUGACUCUUGGAGGCUGUGACAUUGUUUUAGGGGUUCAAUGGCUUAAAACAUUGGGUCCUAUUCAAUGGGAUUUUACAAAUAUGUCUAUGCAGUUUGAGAUUGCUGGUCAGAAACUGUUUUUGCAAGGGUUGUUGUCUGAACAGGUUCAGGUUGAUGCUGGAAUUCGCAUGCUUAAAUCUUCCUUCAUUGGUCAGCAAGGUUGGCUUCUGCAACUUGUAGCAGUUCAGCCCAAGUUGGAGCCAACACAGACUCUACCCGCAGUUGAAGAGAUAGUAAACCAGUUUCAGUCUGUUUUUGAGGAACCAGCUGGGUUGCCUCCUCCUCGAGCCUUUGACCAUCGAAUUAUCUUGAAGGAAGGAACUCCUCCAAUUUCUGUGAGACCUUACAGGUACCCCCAUUACCAAAAAACAGAAAUAGAAAAAAUUGUUAAAGAUUUGUUGUUAAAUGGGGUGAUUCGACUAAGCCAAAGUCCAUUUUCUUCACCUGUUCUCUUGGUAAAGAAAGCUGAUGGCACAUGA